GCCCCGCGCCGUUUACGGCUUCUAAGCCAGACUGUAAUGGCUCUACUUCCGCCAUUUAAUUUUCUCACUUUACACUAUGCCUACUUCAUCUUCGUGUCUCUGCUGAGCAGCGUCCUCUUUUGGGGUGUCGCGAACCCGUCCGGGAGUAUUUCCUAUGUCGAUUCAUUGUUCAUGUGUGUCAGUGCGAUUACAGGCGCUGGAUUAAACUCUGUUGCAGCAUCUACACUGAGCACCUUCCAGCAGGUCAUCCUAUUCCUGCUUCUUAUGCUGGGGCAUGCCAUUCUCAUUUCAAGCACAGUGCUGCUUGUCCGAAGAAGAGCCUUUCAGCGUAAAUUUCAAGGAAUCUCCAAGGCACUGGCGCGACGAUCGGCUCGAACUGCACCGAGUCCAGGCGACGGGGUUGACUACUGUCCUAAAGGCAAAUGCGAUAUUAAGACCUAUCCUAAAAGUCAGAUCGUGCCUGUGGUGGGCUCCAGUAGAUCGAUAGAUGAAGACCAUAUCCAAUGGCUUACCAGUGAUUUACCGCCUCCUACAGCAGUGAACACUUCCAUUGACUUGGAAAGAAAACCUGACCAGACUAGAGAUAGUUCUAUUUCUAACAAGAAGAUUGACCUGCUCCCACCAAUGGGUCUCUUCCGAGGGACUCAAAAAUAUUUCGAGUCCAAGGGGCUGAUCUCGCGAAACUCUCAAUUUCAUGGAUUGACCCCAGAAGAGAGAGAAAAACUGCAAGGAGUAGAGUACAAAGCUGUUACUUUUCUAUCAGUAAUCGUACCCCUGUACUGGGUUAUGUUCAUUAUUUGCGGGAUUGUGGGAAUGGGAGCGUGGUUGGAAGUUAACAAACCGGAGUUGCCUCGAGAAAACGGGUUGUCCCCUUUCUGGACAGGAGCUUUCUUUGCUGUAUCCGCUUUUGUGAACAGUGGUAUGGGAAUUUUGGACGCGAACAUGACGGCUUUGCAAACCAACACAUACCCGCUAAUCACUAUGGGGUUUUUGAUCCUUGCCGGGAACACUCUGUAUCCAUGCUUUCUACGAUUCAUAAUCUGGACUAUGAGGUUAAUGAUUCCCAAUCGACCGUCAUGGAAAAGUUGGAAGAUCACACUGGAUUUCAUUUUAGAUCAUCCCAGAAGGGUGUAUACGAACCUUUUUCCAGCUCGCCAUACCUGGUUUCUGAUGGGCACUAUCAUUGUCCUGAAUGGAAUCGACUGGGCCGCCUUUGAAGUUCUAUCGAUUGGCAAUGAAGAAAUCGAUUCGUUACCGACAUCCUACCGAAUCCUCGAUGGCCUAUUCCAGUCGCUGGCUGUACGAGCCGGAGGAUUCACCGUGGUUACUAUUGCGAACCUUCGUCAGGGUUUGCUUGUCCUUUAUGGUAAGAAAUAUCUGUCGCCAUAUCCCGUGUUACUCACCAUGAGAAGCACAAAUGUGUAUGAAGAGCGUUCCCUGGGAAUUUAUGCUCAAGACGACGCACUCAACGAGUUCAAUCAACAAGCAUCCGACAACAGGUUCACGCGAUUGGUGAGAAGACAUUUUCUAACAAAGGAAGGAACUCGCCGCUAUUUCAUCCGUGAGCAGCUGCGGGACCAGCUCAGUCACGACUUAUGGUGGAUUGCGCUCGCGGUUUUUCUCAUUUCCAUUAUAGAAUCCCACAACUACACCCUGGACCCCGUGGGAUUCUCCACCUUCAACAUCAUUUUCGAAGUCAUCACCGCUUAUGGCUGUGUCGGUAUCAGUACCGGGUACCCUGGUACAAGCGUUUCAUUCUGCGGUGUCUGGCACUCCUUGAGCAAGCUCAUUCUGGCGGCAGUCGCUUUGCGAGGUCGUCAUCGAGGUCUACCUGUUGUUAUCGACAAGGCUAUCAUGUUGCCAAAUGAGUCUCUUGCGUGGGCUGAAGAGGAAGAUGCCGCUUUGAGGCAAGAUAAAAUGUUCUAAAUGGUACAUCUGCCAGGUUGCUCGUUAUACGCAUAAUCCACAGCGCUUCCUGGAUACUUCAUAUGUUGCAUGACUAGUUGACUACGAUGACUACGAGAUACGCCUAAAACUACGCACUUAAUAACUCACAUAUAGACUAUUUUCUUUUU